CCCUCUCUCUCUUUCUUUCUAUCAAAAUCCCAAAAACCCAACCAAAGGAAUUAGAAAGAAUAAUCAAAGUGACACCAUGAAGAAGAAGAUGAUGAUAAUGAUCAAAAUACCACUCAUGAGCUUAGCCAUUUGGCUUCUCUUCCUAAUCUCUGUCUCCCAUGCUCUCCCAGAUAACUCAGACAAACAGUACUUGUCGCCUGCUGCAGUGAAAUUUUCUGAAUCGUCUUUAGAAGAGGAGGAAACCCUUGUGGGGUUGGAUGCCAUUGGCUUGAGGAAAAUGGGGAAUGGAAGAAAGAGAGUGGCAGUGAAGAGAAUGAUGAGGAAAUUAGAGAUUGCUACCGAUGAUGAUCAGAGAGAAGAAGAACAAGAUCAAGAAAGUUCAAGAAUUAUUUCAGGACUAAAGAAAAAGAGUUCUCUUCAAACAUCUCAAGUUAAAGAUCAGGAGCCGAGUACUAUCAACGCAAAGAGAUCAAGAAAUUCUAACCAUCUUAAAGCAAAAUCGUCCGGUUCGUCGAAGGCGAGAGACGAGGAAACUCGAAGGCUUCUCAAGGCAGCCAAAGAGAUAGCCAAUUUGAUGCACAAAGAUUAUAAAGAUUGGGCUCACCGCAAGCCCCCAAUCAACAACCAAGAACCUUUGCAUUAAGAAAAACAAAAGCCCCCCUUUAUAGUUUAUAGUUUAGGUUCUUAGCUAGGCUCGCAAAUUUUGCCCCCCCAUAUAUAGAAAGUGUAGCCCUUCUUCAUUUACAUAGCCUUUUUUUAGCCUAUAAUAUAUAUCAUAUAGUUAUAUAAGCACGAGAACUCUUAGGAUAUGCUGUUGAUUUAGUUUUCCUUUUUUUUUCCUUAUUCUAUAUCAUAUUAUAUAUAGGUUGUGACAUAUACAAUGGAACUAAGCAAUACCUAUAUGUUAUGUGUAAAUUAGUGUAGCAAUUUUUUCUGUUUUGUUUGUGGCUUAAGAUAAGUUGUUGUAUCAGCUCCACUCUUGCAACUUCUUUGUUUUACCAAUCAAGAUAAGCAAUUUUGUGAAUCAAA